AUGCCUCCAAAGCGCAAAAGAAUCGAGCCUGCCUCUGACGCAGCUGGCCGCCCCUCUCCCCAUCGUCCUGCCGAGACUGCCUUGGGCCAGCAUGACCGAGAUGGUCAAGAUCAUCGUCGCCGCUCCGGUGCUGGCAGAGGAAACACUAGAGGAAGAAAUGGAGAGCGCAGGAAUUCGUUCGGCAACAUGGGUGGCAGAAAUCAAGGUCCCAUCUCGCCAACCACCCAACGACCGCCCAGCUCCUCGUCGCAAGGCCCAACGCAACCUUCCGCACUUGCCCCCUCGACCCCUUCGGCGUCUGUGCCUCACUUCACCCAACCAGCCCGACCACGCUCCCCCGUUAUCCAGACCAAGUACAGCUAUGCCGUCCUGACCGAUGCCCGACUUGGAUCAUGGCAAGAGGGCGGUCGCCAGGAGGUGGUGCAGCAUGGCAUUGCGUCAAGAGAUGAUGAGGAUAUCGAAGAAAUCUCCACGAUAUCACAGGAGUUCACCCGUGCCGUCCUGGAAAACCGUCUGGAUCCAGCUGAUGCCGGGGCAUGCAUCAAGGAAAUCCUGGGGCCGGAUCCUGCGGCUGGAGACGAUGACAGAACAGACUGUAGCUUCGACCCUCACAGCCUGUUCGUUGAUAGUAUCUCCGUCUUCGUCGACAGCGAGAAGGACGACCUCGGAUAUCAGUUCCGAGACUUCAUACUUGCCACGGAUAUUUCACCUAACCUUCUGCGACAGUCCCUCGAACCUGAUUUGUUGGUGCAUCUCGGCAUGAUCCGGAGCACCUUCGCUAAGAUGGGUGUUCGAUACGCUACAAACGCACUAUACCGCCAGUCCAACUACAACCUCCUGCGCGAAGAGUCUGAAGGGUUUGCCAAGCUCAUCACGGAGCUGUACUGCACAGCUCACACCAUGAAUCAGGAACAACUCACCAAGGAGCAGGUGGAAGCAGGCUUUGAGCGCAUCAAGGGCCUUAUCGGCACCUUUGACAUCGAUGUCGGCCGGGUCCUGGACAUUGUAUUUGAUGUCUUCGCAUCGACCAUGAUGAGAACUUUCCGCUACUUCACAAUGUUCCUUCGAGCAAGCUCAUGGUGGCCACGCAACCAGAUCGACCGCUACGACCCGGUGCUGACUGGCGGCCUACCGCGAUGGGCCAUUCCAGGCGCUACCUUUCUUCCAACCCCUGAGGAGCAGGCUGAUAUGGACAUGAAACGGCAGCAACGCGACAUUGCUUUUUGGGAUAGGGCACGCGAACUUCAUCUGGAUGCUUUCUUCGAGCUUGGUGGGCGGCAAGCUACUGAUGCUGACCUCGAAAGCUAUGCCGCCUCCGCCAUCGGUGCAGGGUCCAAUCAAGACACCGAGAUUGAAUGGAUCAGGUCUACCAAGACUUUACCUCCAUGCGGCAAUCGUGUUGCUGCGCAACUCUUCGGCUUCAAACUACAGUACUACACAUCGGAAGCCAGAGACAAGGAUGAGAUCAUUCCUGCGAACUUGUUCUACCUCGCUGCCUAUCUGAUCAAGAUUGGGUUCAUCUCGCUGCCGGACCUGUAUGCGCAUCUAUGGCCUUCUGACGACAAGAUGGAUGCUGUGAAGGAGAGGCGUGCACAAGAGUUGGAGGAGAAAGAGAAGAAAGAUAGGCAGGGUGCUGAGCCGAAUGCUCUGCUCAAGGCUGGCGCCCUUCCGGACGACACGAUGCCAACCUCCACCAUGAUGCGAAGGGGCGAGAACGCCACCGCCAAGCCUGACCCUAGCCAGAAAGACACGACCACCACGGAUGCCACCGAUCAAGGUCUUCCCGAGCCGAAGGAGGUUCUCAAGGUGGAUCUGGUCCAGCACUUACUCCUUGUGGGAGCUAUCCCUGAGGCACUGUUCAUGCUGGGCCGUUUCAACUGGCUCACUGAUUCUUACCCUGAAGAAAUCAUCUCACCAAUCAAUCGGAUACUUCUCUACUCCAUCGACAAGGUCUAUCAAGAAACUCGGUCCAGCAAUGCAAAGCCAGUUACAGUAAUCCCCCUGAAGAAAGACCUUGCACAAGAUCAGUCAGGUGUUCCGAAGGGUACUGUGAGAUUAGUUGAGAGAGCCCCGCCGAAGACUUUGAAGUGGCCACACGCCGACGGCUUCAACAGAGGUACACCCUAUGAACACUACCUCAAGGAGUGGACGGACAACGUGCCAAUUUGUCAGACCAUCGAUGACAUGUUCACGCUGUGCGGCACUCUUCUCAAUAUCUCAGGCGUCAACAUUGGUAGAUCACCAAUGCUGCUGCGAAAGCUGACUGCGAUUGGUGCCAAGAGCCUUCAGGAAGAUAAAUCACCACAGAAUCUCGAGCGAUGGCGGGAUCUUCUGAAACGCACCAUAUUCCCAGCACUCCAUUUGACUACCUCCAACGUGGAUGUCGUGGACUCUGUAUGGGCACUUCUUAAUCAUUACCCUACCGAGGUGCGAUACAACAUCUAUGCUGAAUGCUAUGAGGGCUCAAUCUCACGGUUGCCCGCAACGACCAAAGCCUUCAAGUAUGCCCGCCUGGAUACGCUGUCUCUUCUAAAGCGUCUGUCGAAAGAGAACCUUACCAAAUCAGCCAAGCUUAUGGCCAAGGUCGCUCUUUUCUCCCCAGGAGUGGUUUGCAAGGUCGCUCUGGACCAGAUCGAGGCUUACAGCAACUUGAUCGAGGCUUUCGUGGAAUGCACAAGGUAUUUCACGGAUUUGGGUAACGAUGUGCUCGUCUGGUCACUCAUGAGUUCCCUUGGUGGCAAGCAACGAAGUCGGACCCAAGAGGGAUCAGUUCUGCUCACGAGCAAGUGGUUGCAGGCACUGUCCAAGUUCUCCGGCAAGGUGUUCCGUCGUUAUUCUAACGUGGAUCCCACCCCCGUUAUUCAAUACGUCAACGACCAGCUUUCUCGAGGCAAUUCAACUGAUCUGGUCAUUAUGAGGGAGCUUAUCACUUCGAUGGGAGGAAUUGUGUCGGACGUUGACUUCACCGAUGCACAACUGGCAGCUCUGAGUGGCGGAGAGGAACUCAGGAAACAGACGUUCAUCAAUCUUGGUGAUAAGCGUUUCGAAUCUGGGAAGAGCGCCUCUCGCCUGAUGCAUGCCUUGGUCCAAACGAAACUUGCACCCCGCCUGCUUGCCAACAUUGCGCAGUACAGGCAAUCGGCAAUCUACAAUCUACCGGAAAGCGAGACUCACAUCAAGUACCUGGCGACACUCAUCGAUGAUUCACAACAAGCGCUUGUUCAAUAUGUCGAGCUGCUCAGGAGCAAUUUGACGCCGGACCAAUUUGACGCUCUGAUCCCGAGUAUACCGCGCCUGAUGACCGACUUUGGUCUUGACGCAAACUUAGCUUUCUUAAUUGGCCGUGUUAGUCUGGCCUACUACUUGACUGGUCCCGGGGCGGCGGUUGCCAAAGGAAGACGACUAUCGGAUACCCCUGACAUCGCUGCUGCUGUCGAAGGCGACAUGGUGGUGGAGGCCAAGGAAGCGGCUGAGACCCCUCUGCCAUCUAUGCCAACGAUUUCGGACGAUGCCAUGGUGGUUGAUGACCAGGGAGCCAAGGAGAUACCAGCGGAAGGCUCUCCGCCUCUCAUUACCAAUGCUCGAAAGGCAGAUCAUUUCUCUGAAGUGCUCCGGCCUAUCCUGGAUACCGUCCAGACGCUGCUACCCUCCACGGUCUGGACUUCUAUCAGCCCUGACUUCUACGUACUCUUUUGGUCUCUGCAGACUGGCGACCUGGGUAUUCCUGCGAAGAGCUACAACGAUGAAUCACUCCGCCUUCAGAGAGAGCAGGAGUUCAUCAAGAGGGACAGGAGCGACAUGACCCGAACUGGGCGUGCUAAAGCUGAGCAGAGAAAAGCCGACAUCACGCAAUUGGCCACAAAACUUUCCGCUGAGGCUAGUCAAUGUCAGGAAAGGGUUUCUAAGACGAGGAUGUUACUACUGAAAUCUGCUCCAACGUGGAUUCCAGUCGCGAUGUCCAAGUCAAAUGGCGGCGCAGACACUCUGCUCGAGGAAUGUCUUAUCCCCCGACUUCUGCUUGCACCCGGCGAUGCGGACUUUUGCUACAAGAUUAUCAAGUUUCUUCACGACAAUCAAGUGGCAAACUUUAACAUCAUGGUUCUCUAUGACCGUCUGUUCACUCAAAACAGGUUGCGAUCAUUGAUUUUCGGAUGCACAGUCCGAGAGGCCGAAUUCCUUGGCCGUUUCAUCAAAUUAGCGCUCGGAGAGCUGUCUCGAUGGCAUAAAAGCAAGGAUGUAUUCGAGAAGGAAGCCACCAAGAAUGGCAAACACCCGGCCUUCACCGGUGCUGCUACUCCCGAGGGUAAACCUGCAACCGUCAUGGAUCAUGGCCAGUUUCAAGAUCAGCUGUGGUCAUGGCAUAGGAAUUUGGCAACAGCUUUGAAAGCUUGUCUUACCGGGACCGAAUGGAUGCAUAUCCGCAACUCCAUCACCAUUCUCAAAUCUAUUCUUGACUAUUUCCCAGCUGUCAAUUUCCAUGGCAAACAGUUCCUGCAGACCCUGCAGCAGAUCGCCCAACGCGAAGCAGCCACGAAGAAUGACGAAGAUGGACAGAACCAUCGCGUCGACCUGUCAGUCACAGCAAAUACGGCUGCUUCGGCUUUGAAGAAGCAUGAGUCACGAUGGGUAAUCGUCCAAGCUUUCCGACCCAACAACGCAGGUGACCCAUCGGAUGACAAGGCCGCAGAAGCGGUCAAGAGCGCGAAGGCCUCGAACUUGCGACCCAGCGCUUCUGAAUUUAGGCCUAACCAGACUUCGGCUAAGCCAAUUCGCGGAAAACCAGCCGCUGAGGACGAAGAUGGCGAGGUCAAAGAUAGCAAGCCUCAAGCAACCAUUCCUGCAGCAGACAAUGGAGCAAAGGAUUCGGAAUCACCCUCUGCUGACGCACUCAGAGCAGCACCUAUGCCGCAACGCGUGGAUGCGGCGAGAGCAUCAAGUCGCCCUUCUACACCACCCGUCAGAUCUAACAACCACAGUCCUGCGCCUCAUAGCCGGCGGGAGUCAUCAAAGCUGUCAACACUCGGAAUGCUUCCGCCUGGGCUGCCCAGUCGACCGGACGUGCCCAUCCCUGGUCAUUUCAACCAGGAUGAGCGAGGCCACAUUCGUAUGGCUGAAGCCCGUGAGGCCAGAGAGCAGAGAGAGCAAAGAGACCCGAGGGAUCCUAGAGAACACAGAGAUCCGCGAACGCCCAAGGAUUCUCGAGAUGUUAAGGAACCCAGGCAGCCCGACAACGCGAGAUCGUCUCGGGGAAGAGAAACUCACGGUGCCGAUCGGCGUUCGCUCGAGUCUGCUCCUCGAGAUACUUCACGGUCAGACAGAGAUCGGGGACCUCGUCCAGACGGUCCGCCGCGCUGGGAGCCACCAAUGGCCGAGAGGGAGACACGUCAGUCCCGGGAUCGAGCACCAAGUGCUGAUUCAUUGAACCGACCUGCUGAGUCCAACCGACCUCCGCGGUUGCCACUUGCUGACGCUCAAGCAAUGCCGCCACCAGCGCAACCCGAUACCCAGGGUCCAACUGUAAAUCCCGAGCGCGCACGGUUGAUCGGUACGCCUGGCGACAAUGUCAAUCCGGCCCGUGCCGCUCUGAUUAACGAUGGCCGACCUGCUGGUCGCCCAUCUCGGGAGGAAAGUCGUGAGCGCAGCGCCCGUCACUCUUCGCCGCCUCGAAGGGAGCGAUCAGAAGUUCGCGCUGUCGACAUUAGCCGCGAUGAUCGACCAGGCCGGCACAGACCAGAUCAUCAGACCCCGACAAGGGAUGGCCGCAUCGAGCCGGUUGCACCUGUCGGGCCACGAUCGGAUCGCGAAGGCGAUCGCCCCAUGGCCGACAGACCGCGCGAUGUUAACCCCUUCUCGGGCCCAGCGGGCUCGCGUGGUGAUUCUGAGCAUGUCAGAAGUCAUCAACAAGACCCCAACUACGGGCGUCUCAACGCCAUCCCAUCUGUCGUUGACUCCAACCCACCUGAUGCACCACGAGGACGCGGUCGUAACAUGGCUCGAGGUCCACAGGGUGCUAACCAGCCACCUGCACGUCCCGACGCGCGGUACCCAAGUCAAGACACUCAUCGUGCACCGUCUCCUGACCGUAACCACCCGCCUUCAGGUCCAGCUUCGUCUAGGGCGCGUCGUGGUCCUGCUGGCCCUGGUCUUGGGGCAAAUCCAAUGAAUACGCCUCCAGCAACUAAUUCUCCCACCACAGGCAUGCAUCCAGACAGACUUCGUCACUUCAACCCCAGUUCUAGCCCAGCAUCACCUCAGGUCUCUUUCCCAAGUUCUGGGGCCAACUCUGUUGGCGUCCACCCUGACAGGCUCAACCGCAUUGAUCCAAACGGUCCGCCAUCAGGCCCUGGACAGCACAGACAGAACCAUUUGCCGCCACUCCAGACCCCUGAGAGACCACCGAUUCCCACUGGUCCACACAAUCGUCAGAUCCAAGUAGGUCUACCAACAACGCCAUCGUCCGACAAAGGCACCCCAAUGUCUGUGCCGACUGGUCCAUCGGCAACUAAUGAUCGCUCGAAAACCGGAAGUAGAAGGCAGCUGGCAGGCAUCAACAACGUUCUUCAGGGUUCCCAAGGGCCUACACAAGAAACCAUGAGCCGCGGUGGCACUGUCCGCAGCCGGAGCUCUCGAAGUAAUCUGGCUGGCUCCGAUGCACAAGUACUCACAGGAGCAUCCCCUGUUACAACUCCCGUGCAGGAGCGAGUUGAACAACUAGGCGGACCAGGGUCUGGAAGAGGGGGAGCAAAUGGAGAUGACCGAUCCAGUCGUGGCGAGCGUGGAGAGCGUUCAAGUCGACGACACCAUGAACAUGGGGAACAUUCAUCUCGUUCUCGCCACACUAGCCGCAGUCCAAAUCGCGACUCCUCUCGGUCCAAGAGCCACCGCGAUCAUCGCGAGCGUGAUGCUGGUGUACCCAUGCCAAGCAGUGGUACACGGGAAGGUGAACGAGAUCCCUCUCGGCGAUCUGGAAGGGACUUCUCAGCCGCGGGGCCUAAUACUCGUGGGCCUGAUGCCUCCAACAGUAUCCGAGGAGAUGGCCGUCACCGCGGUGAGGGAACCAGCAGUGGCAGGCAUGAAGAUUAUGGUCGAAGCAGUGGGGGUGGCCGUGGCGGUGGUGCUGGCGGAAUGGGUGGAGGACCGCAUGAUCACCGAGCAAGAGAAGACGGAGGAAGAGGAAGCCGCAAGCGCCGUAGUGACGAAGGCGCCUUCACUGGGCCGCCGUCAGACGGACACAAAAGGCAGAAGCGCUAG